GCACCACAAGGCAGCUGCCAGAGCAAUCACUGCCCACCAUGAACCUCCACCUCGACAUGGUGACGGCCCUCAUCCUCAUCGACAACGACUCGAACCGGAUCCUCGCAAAGUACUACCACCCGGCCCACGCCGACCCCAAGGCCGUCGCCGCCGGGGCGACCAAGCCCAACCCGUUCCCGACCUUGAAGGACCAGCGCGCGUUCGAGGCCUCGAUCUGGGAAAAGACGCGCCGCCAGCAGACCGACAUUGUCGUCGUCGACAACCUCGCCGUCCUGUACAAGCACUCGAUCGACCUGUGCUUCUUCCUCGUCGCGCCCUUGCACGAGAACGAGCUCAUGCUCCACGCGACCCUGACGGCCUUUUACGACGCCGUCGCCAUGCUCCUCCGCCACCAGGUUGAGAAGCGCUCGAUCCUCGAGAACCUCGACCUCGUCGUCCUCGCCCUCGACGAGACGAUCGACAACGGCAUCGUCCUCGAGACGGACCCGGUCGCCAUCGCGAGCCGCGUCUCGCGCCCGAAACCCGACGCCGCCGUCAACCUCGCCGACAUCCAGCUCAACGAGCAGAGCAUCAUGCAGGCCUUCACGACCGUGCGAGACAAGAUCGGGCAGCGCAUCCUCCAGGGCUGAGCGCCGGCGUGCGCGUGCAUCCGGGUCUCGCGGCGGCGGCGGUAGACGAGGCGCAUCCCUCCUUUGGUCCCCCUCCUCCCCCCCUUCCUUCUCUCCCGCCCUUCCUCUCUUUUCAGCAGUUGUUCCCUCUGUAACGUGUGCCAUUCCCACCGGA